UGUGAAGUCACAACCAAGAGCUAGCUAUAGCUUGUCGUAGAAGUGAUCUAUAUUACACAAGAAUGAAGGUCACCCUCUUUCACCUCCUCUUUGUGAUUCUUCUAGGACUCUCUCAUUUUUUUUGCCUUAGAGCAGUCCCAAUCACAAGAACUGAAAGCCUUAUGCAAGACCCCCAAGCUCUUCAUGUUGCACUAGAGGAUAUCCACAACCACAAGGUUAUUGCUGAAAUAAAGUGGCCGCAAGAGGAGGCAACUGAGAGGAUGGACUUGGAACUCCAGGACUACCCACCAUCUACAGCUAAUGGUCGUCACACUCCAAAACCACCAUAUCCAUAAUAAGUGCAUGUGCAAAUGCUGUGUGUUUAUUAAUUGUUUAGUGCCCUAUGAAGCAUAAUAUAAUCAUAGAAUGUCGACGCAGUUAUAAGUAACAUAAUGUUUUAACAGUAGACAUAACUAGUGGAUUCCAGAAGCAAUUAUAUGUAUCAUCUGAAGAAAAAAGACCAAGUAAACCGAAUGAAUUCAAGUAUUCAGCAUAAUUAAUGUGAAAACUUUGCUCCUUGUGUUUAUUAAUUAA